AGCAAACACCUAUUUGCUACACCUGGGAGGAGAAUGAAACACAUGAAAAAAAAACUGUUUUGAAGAAACAGGCCAUAGACUUGUUUUCCUGGAGCAUUCUCAGGAGCACUCAGAAUUCCCAUGACUUCAUUCCUUGACUGUUCUGACAGACUUGACACCUUCCUGGCAAAGGACUGAGAGAAGCACUUGUUCCAAAGGCAGAGCACUCCAUAGCGUUGAAAGCCGGGCGCACGCUGCGCAUGCGCCUUCCUCGUGCGGCGAUUGGCUCUUGGCCUUCCAAUCACAGGCGGUGUCCUCCAGCGGCGACCAAUGAGGAUAGACUCCGAGUUCCGGCCCGCGAAGCUCGAGAGUUGAGGCUGGAGUUCUGUCGGAAGUGGCGAGCGGUUCUGGGAAGAAGCUCUUCCGCGGCCGACCGUCGCGUCCUUAGAGCUUCCCCGGCCGCCUGGCGCAGUGCAGUGUAGCGGGACGGUACCAACGAACAGUGUUUUUUUGAACUUGCUUCACCAAUGUCUUUCAUUCUGAGUAUAGUAAGAAACAUGCUGGCAUAUUUUGGUGUUCCCGUAGACCAGGAUCUGCUGACUUGUCAGAAUAAAGGCUAUGGGUCAGCUCGGAGCAUUGUUCGUGUUAUUGGGAGAGUGCUGCCUUUAGAGCCUUGCCGAAGACCUCGUUUUGAGUUGAUCCCGCACAGGAACUCUAAGGAGUCUGAUGAUAAUGAAUUUACGGUUCCAUCUUUUGCUGAUGUUUUGUCUGUGGCAAAUGAAGAAGAAGCCAGUUGUCUCCGAUUUCGACACAGCCUAUGGAAAAAGAAGGCAGAAGGGAAAAUUGCUCCUUUUCAUCCUUCAAAACUAAUUUGGGAUCGGUCAUCACCUGCUCUAAGACAGAACAACACAGAGUCAGAUGAUCUGCCUGUGAGUGAAGCUGCAAUUAAGAAGAUAGCUGCCCUCGAAGAUGAGCUGACUCUUCUGCGGUCUCAGAUCGCUGCGAUUGUGGCAAUGCAGGACCUCAGAGAGAGCAGAGGGACUGGCUUCGUCGACUUGAGUGAUGAGCAAGUGGCGCCAUCAUCAGUGACCCCCGGGCUGAGUGUGGAACCAGAGCACGUUCCGGGUGUGGUGCUCCCUCCUCCUCCUCCUCCUCCCCCUCCCCCAUCUCUUCCUCCUGAGUUUUCUCUGCAGCCCCCAAGUUCUCUUCCCAUGCAACCUGGAUCUGCUAAUACACAUGACAGAGAGAUUCCGGCUACUGAAAUGAAAAGGCAGCUCUCAGGUGAUAAGGCCGAUGACAGCCAUCAUUCAAAAAGCCAGAGAGUUAGUGAUGUCCCAAACAUGCUGGAUGUUCUAAAGGACAUGAAUAAGGUCAAACUUCGGCCUGUGGAAAGGUCACCAGGUGGCAGACCCAUUCAGAAGAGGAAAAGACAGAGUUCAGAAUGGGAUCCGGUGUCUUUAAUAUCUAAGGCACUGAGGCAGAAGUUUGCAUUUCAAGAUGAUUCCUUUGACAAAGAAAAUAGGUCCUGGGAGUCUUCUCCGUUUUCUAGUCCUGAAGCUUCAAGGUUUUGAUGUCACAUUUCUCCAACAAAGUCAGCGACCUAAGGGAAGGACUGAUAAUACAAAAUGCAGGGUGUUAUCCAGGGUAUCAGAAGCAAGAGCUGUGCUCACACUGGGAAGGAUGGAUCCAGACGUGUGGUGUCCUUCCCUGCCUGUCAGAGAAUUACCACGUCUGUCAGGGUGAUCAAGCCCUACUCUGGGACCUGUCUCCACCCAGCCUGAGGAAGACACUUGAGAAUGCUGUCCCUGCUUUUGGAAGAUGUGGCAUUUAACUGGCUACUGAAGAGAGUUGGCUGUAUAGAUUCCCCACUUUCUGUGAUUGCUACUGAAAAUGAAAUACAUAGUUCAGUGAGUUUCCUAAAAUUAUGGCUUCCUGUUGAGGCCCCUUUCAGCCUUGUGAGUUGCUGUUUGUUUGGCCUUCAACAGCUUGUAGAUUUUCAGUGAGCAGAAGAUGAUGAAUGCUUUUCAUUAAGAUAGUCACAGCUAUGAAAACACAGGAACACCUGAGAAACUGAAGGAAAAGAAAAGUCAGAAUUUUAGUCAUGUAGGGUUGAACUUUGUACUACACAUCGAAGCAGACCCUGGCUUUGCACAUGUACGACUGGCGUGGUCCCUGGAUAAGUUUCAUGUGCACUGACAUUGAGCACACAGAUGGCUGGCAUGGUCCCUUUUAUUAUUAUGUUUAUUAUGUUUGCACCCUAUAUUUUUUAAAGUAGAUUUUAUAAUAAAUGGAUCUUUUGAACUUG